UUUCAAUCUCAAGCACAUGUCCUUUUGCUUUUCUCUUAAAUUUUAAUUGUAAUUUCUCGCGUUGAAACCAAUUUACGUGUGUCAGUUGUUGAUAUUGCUCAUGAAUUUAUUUAAGUUUUAGUAUGAAUCAAAUACUGUGCGUUUUAGUUGCUUUGUUAUUGCAUUAAACAUCAAUUUCUAGCAUGUAAAGUUUUUCAUCAGUUAUUGGUAGGUUCAUGCUGAGUGCAUGACAACAAAACCAAGGUGAUACUGCCUGUUUAUCAAGACUAAUACCAAUAAUACCUAAGUGUAUCUGUUUCAAUAUUUGGCAGCUUGAAUUCAGAAAUCAUCUUGCAGGGUAUGGAUAAAAGUAUCAUCAUACAGAAGCAAAUCCGAGAUAAUGCAGACGAAUUGCACAGUUUCAUGCGAGAUCUGACCAAUUGGGAGAAGGAAAUGAAGAGGAAGGAAAAUCUACUCCACGGUGAAGCAUCACAGGAUAUUCCUCCUAUCAGGAAGAAAACAAAAACAAGCAAGCCAGCAAAUGAAACUGAGAACGUCUCACCAUCGCAAAUUCCUCUGGAAAACAAGCCCAAGAAAAUAGCUUCCUAUGAUUAUCGUGCCUGGGAUAAACUGGAUGUGGACAAGCUGUGCAAAGACCUUGACAGUGAUUCUGAAGACUCGGGAGAGGAGGGCAAGAAAACCAAAGUUCAGAAGAAAAGUGGAAGCAAGAGUGUACCGGCAAAAAGCCCAGUUACUCCAACCAACGCAAGCUCAACAAAAAGUGAAAUUUCAUCCAAUAGUGGAAAAAGCCAAGAAAAGAAUUCCAAAUCGGUCAGUUGGCGGUCAAAACCCGAGUAUGAGAACCAACCACCAAUCAAGGACAGUGAAUCCUUUGAAGAUGCUCAUUGGAAAGGCAAAUCAAAGCAUGAGAUUCAAAUCCGGGCUAACUACUAUAAAGAACUGGGCAAUGAAUUUGUCACGGCGGGAGAAUGGAAUGAGGCGAUCAGAAUGUAUUCCAAUGCAAUUAAUCUCUACCCUGUAGACUCUGUUUUCUAUGCCAACCGCGCUCUUUGUUAUUUGAAACUUCAGCGGUACAAAGAUGCACAAUGUGAUUGUGAUACAGCUUUAACGCAUAAUGAUCAGUACGUAAAAGCAUACUUGCGGAGAGCAGCGGCUUUUGAAAACCAAGGAAAAUAUGAGUUAGCACAAAAGGAUUUCCGGACUGUCCUCAAGUUUGAACCUAACAACCGCUCGGUGAAAGAUGGUUUGGCAUCUGUUCAGAAAAAAAUAACUAGUCAAAAUUGUACCUCAAACAUUUCAUCUGAAAUCAAAGUGAAGCCUCCAAGCUGUGGCUCUGUCAAAGAGAAAAUGCUUUGCACUGAAGGCAGUAAAGUCACCGCGAUGACCCCAUCAGGAAGCAAGAUACUUGAAGGAAACAAGGAGGAAGCAUUAGUGAUCAGAACAUGGAAAUCCGAAGAGAAUGAUCCUAGAGUAUUAAUGGAAACUGUAAUGAGACCUGCUCAUCUUCAGUCAACUAAGCCUCUAAAACGUGUUAAAAUAGAAGAAGUUUAUUGUGACUACGAAUCUCCUCUUAAAACAAAUGGAAAGAAUUUGCUUCCGAGCAAGGAAAAACAAGCCAUAGUUUCGAUAUCUGAUUCUAAUUCAUCUGCGCAUAAAUCAGUUGAGUCAGAAAAAAUUCAAGAGAUCAAAGCAGAUACCUCUGGCUUAAGUCAAACCUCUGUCAAGGCUGAACUGAUGGAGGAACCCAAAACUACCUCACCAAAAUUUAAGGAGAAUCAACCUGUAGUAAAAGCUGAAACUAAGGUUGCAGAAAUGGACAGUGUCCAAAUACCAGAAAAUAUUGACAUUCCUAGGAUCCCGAUUUCAUAUGUUGGUUUCUCAAAUUCUUGGAGCUUGAUGCAGAAUGAACCUGAGAAACGUUAUUUAUACCUAAAGAGAAUCAGUGGAGAAAAAUUGCCUAUCAUUUUCGGUAAUUCACUCGAGAAUAGCGUUUUGAGUGAAAUAAUUGCUGUGCUACAAAGUGAGUUCGUUGCAAGGAAUGAAAAAAUUUCACCAUUUUUGUUUGGACUAACCCGAGUUCAACGUUUUCGUGCCUUGGUUUUAUUUUUAUCUGAAACUGAUAAAACAGUGCUGCGAGAUUUGGUUAAUUACUGUCAAGCAAAGGAGACGUGCUCUGCUUCUGAUAUCAGUGAACUUCGUCAGUCAUUUCAAGUUUGACAAGCAGACCGAGUAAAUAAGACAUACACUCUACAAUGAGGCAGAACUUUUAAGAAACUCAAUUCAUAAAACUUAACCUGUUAAACAGGAGACAAACGCUAUGUUUGUUAUUGCCUUCAUAAAAAUGUUAUCCGACGUUAAAGCAAUCGUGAGUUCUAUUUUUGAUUUCAUCAUACCGUUUUGCUUUGUUUCAUCAUGAAAUUAGAGGAAUUUUUUCAUGUAAUAUUAAUCUUUUGAAUUGUGAAUCGCAGCCAUGACAGUGAAAACAAAAUGGUAAUGAUCCUCUGUAGGGUAGUCCGUAAAAAAAACUAGAAGUUAAUCUAGGCUGUAUUUCGGUACCCAUUUCCCCUAUUUCUUUAAAUAGAUAUACAUGAAAUGUAUUUUAACUGUUUUUCAAAUUUUUUCUAUUAGAAGUGUGUAUUUUACACUCCUCGAGCUGUUCAAAAGGCUGAAGCACUCUGGCAAAUUUUUUUUUUCUUCUUUGAAUGGAGGCGGUGGAAAGCUGUUUUGUGUUUCUAAUGUGAGAUUCGUAGUAACAAGGCAGUAAAAUAAGUGGAACAAAGAUUUUAAUUCUCAGAAUGUUGGAUUGCUGAAUCCGUCAAUAACAGGCAACAAAAAUGAAAAUCAAAACUGUUUUAACAGUCCUCACAUAUUUAUUAAUGGCGAAAAAAGAUAAAAUUUUUACAGUAAAAAAAGGUCAAAAACAUCUUUGUUGGAGAACAUACUGUAAAGGUCUUGAAUAAAUAUUCAAUUGAGCUUCUUGAAUUCUUGUAUCUUUAUAAUGAAAAAAACAAAAAAACAAAUUUAGAACAAUA